UAAAAGUAGAACUUAUAAUUGUCAAAUUCUACAGAAAAUGAACAGGAUAUAUGCAUAUCAGGAGGAACUGACACUUUAUAAACAUGAAAUAAUUAAUAAUAUUUUUUUCAUUAAACUAUAAACAAAUUUACAAAAACAUAAACUAUAAAUGGCUUUUAGCAGUUUACUAUUUUGAAAUCGGCAAUCAUUCACACGAUAAAUUGCUAGCAUACUCUGGAAACUAUUGUGUGUCAACACUUAUAGGUGCACUUUACUAAAUUAACAAUAAUAACACUCAAAAAUAUUUUCAUAGAAAAUCGAAGAAUCGAUUUCACGGUUUACGGUGCGCAGCUUUAAAUGCCUCCUCUAAGCUCUUAAGCGAAAUAAGCAUAGUUAGGGAAACUUCAUGUUUUAGUUUUAGUGGUUUUUACGUAGCGCAGCGAUUUCAAGUUUUAUCGCAAGCUUCAACCUAACGUGUAGCACUCUGAGUGGAUAAUUGCGGAUUUACCAUUUUCAUUUGUAAAAAGCUAAACUUUUAACAAUUGAAACAUUUUUACAAACAAAACAAUAUUGCAAUUGCAAGAGAUAUUUUUUUAAUAUUUAAGAGCUCUUAGAAGAAAAAAUAUUAGUGUUAAGUGAUAAUUAACACAGCGCAACUGAUUAAAUUGAGUUAAUGCUCAAUAAAAGUGUUUGCACUACAUUAAAAACAAGUGUUUUUAAAGGUUAUUGUUUAGCUUUUUCCAAAGUUUACAUUCUUAAUUAGAGUUUCGUUGAAUAAAGUUGUGCACGCAAAUAUGGACUUGACGUCGACAAAAAUUUGUGUCGGAAUUCUAUUCGGAUUCUGGCGUUUCUUCUGGGGAAUUCUUCCAGUUAAACUCGACAGAUACUUGAGAAAAUGGGAAGAAGCCAGUUCGGAUUCAAAAACUUUCAUAAACGAAAAGCGGCAUCAGCAAGUCACCUGCUAUGUUGCUUUAACGCAAUCUUUCGGUGGCGGAGUUUUAUUUGCGACGUGUUUUCUGCAUAUGAUGAAAGAAUUGUUUAUCUCAGUAGAGGAAAUUAAAGCCAAAUGGGAACUGUCUAACAAUGAAUAUCCAAUCUCUCAGGUCAUUAUUGCGUUUGGAUUCUUUUCGAUUUACUUUUUGGAGGAAUUUACACAUUGGAUGGUCAACAAAGGAAAGAAACGGCAAUGCACAAAAAUGUAUGUCGGAAAGGUAGCCAACGUAAUAACCAAACAAAAAGCACCAGUACCAACAUCAGCAAAAAGUACGCAAAGUCUGAGGUCUUCAAAGGUAUCGCCUAUGAAAACAAUAGCCACAAUAGAGGAAUGGGAAUUAAAUCAGAAAAAUAAGCCUGAAUCCGAAUUUGAGUUCGAUGAAGAAUUAUCUCCCACAACCGAGAAAGAAGAGAAACCUGGAAAUUUCCUAACAUCCCCUUGUACAAGUGAGAAAAGCAUGAACAGAACAUAUAGUGGAAGAAGCCGACAUUCAAUCAAAGAAGAAAUCAAUCGAGCAAAUAUUGCACUUAUUCAAGAAGAACAGCUCAGUCUAACUGAUGAAGAAACCAUGAAAGAUCAAGAGCAACUAAUGAGAUGUGUCUUGACAAUCGCUGCUUUAUCACUUCAUACGUUAUUGGAAGGUCUGUCCAUUGGAAUCCAAAAGUUUAAAUAUGAGAUUUGGUACUUAUUUAUUGCUGUGAGCAUCCAUUCAGCGUCCAUACUGUUCUGUAUGGGAGUUGAACUAAUUUUAGCCCAAACCAGAAUUAGAUUUAUAGUGCUACAAAUGGCUGCUUUAGCAUUGGCGAGCCCUGUGGGUAUUUUACUUGGCUUACUGGUGUCGGGGGAAUCGUCUAUGAAAACCUUUGGGAUGUCUGUAGCAGGAGUGAUAGUUGAAGGGUUUUCAGCAGGUACAAUAUUGUACAUAACGUUCUUCGAAGUUUUAAACAGAGAACGGGAAAGAAGAGUUUAUCGGCUACGAAGGGGUUUAUGUAUUGUAGGAGGAUUUGUUAUAAUGGCGUUGUUACAGUACUCGGAAACUAGAAGCGAUAAACAUAAAAUACUGCAGUAUAAUAAUUAUAAUAAAACAGUGUCGUGAAUUUUACAGCAUAAUGUAAAUUUACCUGGCUAAGACUGAACAUAAUGGUACUUAAGAAACACAGAAUGAGAUUGAUCGAUUUACAAUUGUUUGAAUGAAAUGUAGUGCAGAGCUUCUAAAUACUAAUAUGAUGUAAAAAGGUUUGCAUAAUUUUAAUUAAAAGAAUAUAUACGUAGAUUAUGUAACUAACUAUUUAGGCUAUGUUGAGACGUUGCGCUUAAUACAGUAACUAUAAAUAUAUAAUUAAUAAUUGGAGGUCGAGAAAAUAGAACUUGAUGAUUCAGUCAUUGAAAUUAGAAGAUAGUCAUGUCUAGAUUUCUAUACUUAUUAGCUACUAAUUUUGUAAAAAUAAACGCUAUCAACGCUCCAUGUUGUGCUAUGCAUUUUCUGCUUCAAUAUGCUUUAUUAGAAAAUUUUAUUAUACAAUUUUCUAACAGCCUGUUUAAAGAAAAUACAUUUAAAAUGCGAGAUAGGUUUUUAUCAACAGCAUCAAGUGCUGAUGUGCGUGAGUUUAUUAUAUCUGUAGUUCUAACUGUAGUAGCUCUAUUAAAAUAGGUGUAAUUAUUUCUCAGUACCUUGUUAAAUUUACUUUUCAAAUCCAAUCAGGUGCAUAUUGCAUUCUCAUUUUGAAAUAUAGCGUUUCCAAACGUUCAAUGGAAGAAACUAAAUACAGUCGCGAACGCUUGGGAAUUAGAUUCUGGCAUUUGAAGGUAUUAGUCCAAAAAUAGUAGUUAUCGACAGAUAAAUUGCACCUGGAAGAUUGCUUUUUAAAUAUUCUUUUAUUUAUCAGUACUUUAAUACAAAUGUGCCAAUACGUAAAUAUUAUUAUAUAUAUAUAAAGGAGAGGAAGGAGGUGUGUAAAAACAUUACAAGUAUCUACAUUUACAGUAAUUUGUUCUGCAUGAUUAACAUGUUCAUCAUAUUAUUUGGCUUACAUGUUCUUGAAUUAGCUUAUAACAGAAGCUCACAUUCUGUCGCCUGAACCAAUAAAAGUAACAAAUACAUGGAAUAGUAAAUGCUGAACAAUAAGUAAAGACCUUAAUAUUUUGAUAUAAAAUAAUGAAAAAGAAACAGUCACAUAUAUGCAUCGCGUUAUUUUUCAGCUAAACUUAUAUAACGGCGUAAACAAAAUUUGCAUAGUGUCCUAUUUCGGAUUUCAAAUAUUCGCUUACCAUACUCAUAAAAGGCUAGAAUAUAUUUGUCGUGAUAAAAAUCUAAUAAACACGUGCAUAAGCGAGCCUCGGCAUUCUAAAAGUUACUUAAGUCGUUAUUUUAAAGUUGACUUAAUAAUUCACAUUUGCCAAAUCAUGGAGGACUUUUGUUCUAACUAAACAUUUCAAGACAUUUCUAGCAUUUUGAUGACUAAUGAGCAAUAAUUAAUUAUUAGGAAAUAUGACAACGUAAUUUAACGAAAGUUUAAUUAUACCACCUUAAACAUUUGAAAAGCGUCUAAUUUUGAUAUUUUCAGUUGUUGUUUGCUGUUACAAAUGUUGCAGUGAUUUCGAAGGUAGAAGUAAUCAUAAUGAUGUUAACUAAUAAUUAACAACUAGUUUUGCUAAAAGUAUCGAUAUUUUAUUAUGCCACACUAGUUUGUAGGAAUCAUAUUUUAAUAUUCAACCAGUAUAUUUAUUAACAACUCUAUUAAUAAAAUAUUAGUUGUUAUCACUAGGUUUUAGAAAAUAUUUUGUAUUCAACAAUGUACAGGGUUAUUUAUUUUUAUAUAAAAGUAUUGCAAGUUUCAUUUCUCACUUAAAGUAAAAGAAAUAUGACUAUUAUCUUUAGUAUAGUCGAGUAGAACUCAUGUUAACUAUUAAGGAAGGAUAAAUUUAAUCCGCACUUUAACCCAAACUUUUUUUUCAUAGUUUUCUAACUGUCUACGUGCAAUAAGGCGAUGUACCGGAACAGCGUUAUACGUCAACUCACUCCCAUGUGUGUCUCCGCAUUGAGUGAUUUUAAGUGGCAAAUUGUUUACAAAAUUAAAAUUGCAAUCCCCAAUGCAUUAACAGUUGAAGAGUUAGCCUCCCAACAAAAAAUAAAAAAUAUUCCCAAUUUUGAUCAAAACAAAUAUAAGUUUGACUUAUUCUUUAGUCCAUUUCCAGUUCACAAAAAAUCACGAUUUGUGUCCUUAAUAUUUACGGUCAGUUAAUCAUAAAUUAAAUAAAAUUAUAAACAUUUCUGAAAUCAAAUACUUAGCUUCGAUGCAAAGUUUUGAGCUCCUGAACAGGAUACAGGUGAAAGAUUUUUUUUUGACUAGAAACAAUACUAUAUAUUAAUAAUAUUGUCGUUAAGAAGACUGUGGAAAACGUUAUUAACCUAAAAAGCAGAACUAAGGCAAUCUGAAUAAUGAUCAAAUCGAUACCAUAUUAUUCCAUCCCAAUUUGCUAUACUCUAUUGAAAAAAGUCAUUGGAAAAUAAUUAUAUUGAUGUAAUACUGAGUGUCGUCCAUUCCGUAAUUAAUUGAAUAUAAAUAAUUCUGUGCUUAUAUGGUGUAAGACUUAAAUAAUAAAUUGUUACAAAUAUUACACUAUUAAAAGUUAGUCUAGUAAGCCGAACAUUUAGAGAUUCUAUCAGAAUUGUUUGUCAGAUAUUUAAUAUAAAUUGUUACUUUAU